UGGAAACUUUACUCGUGCUUCAUCGUCUCCUCCAUAUAAACCUCUGCUCAAUCACUCUCUCCACGGAAGAGACAAAACUGAGUAAGAAGUUUUCAUUAAUGGCGGAAGAGAAGAGCUUUAAGUACGUUAUCGUUGGAGCUGGUGUCUCUGCCAGUUACGCGGCUAAAGAGUUUGUCAACCAGGGCCUGAAGCAUGGUGAACUAGCAAUCAUUUCCCAUGAACCACGUACAGACCUAACCAAGGCAUAUGUUGAUUUUCAGACCAAUACGAAUCUUGCAAAGAACUAUGUAUGCGGAACUGGGGAACAGAUACAAUGCCUUCAAUGGUACAAAGACAAAGGUAUUGAAUUGAUUUUAAGCACAAAAAUCGUCAAAGCAGAUCUUGCAGGGAAGAGUCUUGUCACUAGUGAUGGAGAAAUCUUCAAAUUCCAAACUUUGUUAGUUGCAACUGGCUCCACCUGUGUAAGAUUGUCAGAAUUUGGUGUCCAAGAUGCAAAUGCUAAGAAUAUAUUCUACCUAAGAGAUAACAAGGAUGUUGAUCAGCUCGCAUUAACAAUGGAAACAACGAAGAAGAGAACGGUGGUAGUUAUCGGCGGCGGAUACAUAGGGUUUGAAAUUAGUGCUUCACUAACGGUUAACAACUACAAUGUCACCAUGAUUUUUCCAGAGCCUUGGAUUAUGCAUCGGCUUUUCACUGCAGAGAUCGCUACGUUCUACGAGGGUUACUACGCGGACAAGGGAAUCAAAAUCAUCAAGAGUACAAAAGCCACUGGAUACAAUACCAACUCAAACGGAGAGGUCACGGAGGUGAAACUAGAUGAUGGAAGAAUCUUAGAAGCUGAGAUCGUGAUCGUGGAUAUCGGUGGUAGACCGAUGACAUCCCUCUUCAAAGGUCAGCUGGAAGAGGAGAAGGGUGGAAUAAAGACUGAUGGGUUCUUCAAAACAAGCAUCUCGGAUGUAUACGCCAUUGGAGAUGUAGCUACAUUCCCUAUGAAACUCUAUGGCGAGAUGAGACGCGUAGAACACGCUACCCAUGCUUGCAAAUCAGCUGAACAUGCCGUCAAGGCAAUCAAGGCGGCCGAGGAAGGGAAAUCAAUCCAAGAGUAUGAUUAUCUUCCCUUCUUCUACUGUCGAGCCUUUGAUCUCUCGUGGCAAUUCUACGGAGACAACGUAGGAGAAACCGUGCUGUUCGGAGACAACGAUCCGAAAUCUGAAAAGCCAAAGUUUGGGACUUAUUGGGUUAAAAGCGGGAAAGUGGUGGGUGCAUUUCUAGAAGGAGGAGUUGUGGAAGAGAACAAGGCCAUUGCUAGGGUCGCACGUACACAGCCUUCAGUUGGUAGCCUUGAGGUCUUGUCCAACGUUGGGGAGUUGCUUAUUGGAUCAAGGGUCAAUAGAAACAGGGUCUUAGUUUCCUGCCUGGUUUAAUAGAUCUUACACAAGAGUAUUAUUCUCAACAUCUCUCAAAGAUUAAUAUUCUUGUUUGACCAAAAAUGUCCAGGAUGUGUAGGAUCAUCUACCUCGAUGAAAAAGUGGUCUUAAGAAUAAAGAUCUCAAAAACCUAAGUUUUUAAAACGUGUUUUAUUGAUUUUUUUCUGUUUUCAUACGGUGACGUAUAUAAUAACAGCCAAUUUGUUUUUCUGUUU